AUGCUUCACAAAAUCGAGGAAAUCAAGGACUUCCUGCUCAGAGCCAGGAGAAAGGAUGCCAAAUCUGCCAAGAUCAAGAAAAAUAAGGACAGGGAGUUUAAAUUGCAGUAUAGCAGAUACGUUUAUACCUUGGUCAUCACAGAGGAAGAAAAGGCUGAGAAAUUGAAGCAGUCCCUUCCCCCAGGUUUGGCAGUGAAGGAGCUGAAAUGA